AUGGAAGAUAUCGGCGGACCAGGAGCGGCUUCCGGUACCGAGCUUGAGCGGAGUGCAGCGGUUUUCUGCGACCCGAACAUUGUCAAGCAGUAUCUUUUGAACCUGGUUCCAGUGCUGCUGGGCAGCGGCAGCAGCGACGAUGACGACGACUUUGAAGCCGUCAAGGCAAUGUUCUCGUUCCCGGACGCGAGCGCCAAAUGCAAGUCGUUUGCCAACGACCCAACGAUCCCGGUUUUGUAUGUGAUCAAGGAGACAGAAUCUGAUGGCAGCGAGGAUACCGAUGCUGAGAUGGCUGGCUACUCGUUCUCGACAUCGACGUAUACGCUGAGCUACGAGCUGUCGUGGCGGCCGUCGCAUGUGGGCAGCAUUGCGCUGAUCAAGCGUAUGACAACACUGAAUCCGUCGCAGCCGCUGGCAAAGCAGAUCCAGGUCAUGAACCUGCCUGGCCCAGCAUCGACUGGUAGUGCUGGCAGUGCCUUGCACGCGUACAUCCAUUUUGCUGUGACACCGUACUUCAACGCAUAUGUGACAGCCAAGGAGAAGGCCGAACAGCAGGCGGGUGCUGGCGGCGAGGCUGGUAGUGGGGCAUUCCGGGAGGACAAGGACUCACAGCCAGGGAUUCCGAUGGCCAAAAAGAAGCUGGCCGAGCUGGAGCUGUCGCUGCUGCAUCUGCAGCAGAACAUGGAGAUCCCAGAGAUUGUGCUCAGCAUCCACCCUGUCAUCGUGCGGGCUGUCGAGGAGUGCCGCAGCAAGGGCGAGCGCGUGACGGUAGAUGCCAUUGAUUCAGCGCUGCUGUCGGACUCUGGGUUCCUGAACCAGCUGCAGGGAGACGUCAACGGGUGGAUCAAGGAGAUCCAGAAGGUCACCAAGCUGGACCGCGACCCGGCAUCGGGAACGACCAGCCAGGAGAUCAACUUUUGGGUGUCGAUGGAGCGCGCACUGGAGCGCAUUGAGGAGCAGCUGCAGAGCGACGAGAUUGUGCUGGCCAUGGACAUUCUGAAGGCAGCCAAGCGGUUCCACGCCACGGUCUCGUUCCGCACCGAUACCGGUCUGAAGGAGGCAGCAGAGCGUGUCACGCGCUACAACGUGCUCAUGAAGGACUUUCCGAUCAACGAGCUGCUGUCGGCCACCGAUGUCGGGCGCAUCAGCGCAGCCAUCGAACAGAUCUUUGCGCACAUCAACAAGAAGCUGAAGCUGACGCCGUACCCGGUGCGGCGUGCGCUGCCGCUGGUAGAGGCGGUGUCGCGCGACUUCAACGAGCAGCUGGUGAAAGUGCUGGGCCACGUGCGGCUCAUGCACAUGGACUACGCGGGCUUCGAGCGGCUGUUCAUCGACACGCAGGGUGCGUUUGAGGCAUGGGAGAGCCAGGUCAAGGAGUUUGCAAACUUGGCGCGCGAUGUCACGCGCAAGCGCAGCGAAAAGUUCAUCCCGAUCAAGAUCCGCGCGGCGCACGCAGCACUGCAGGAGCGUGUGCAGUUUGUGUACCAGUUCCGCCAGUCGCAUGAGCAGCUGCAGCAGACCAUUAUACGGGUCAUGGGCUCCCAGGCUAGCAUCCUGGAGGCACCGGCAGGCGACGGCGGCUCAUCGAGUGUGGGAGACAUUGCAGCAAUCGACGAGAUCAGAUCAGCAUACGACUCGGUGAAGAUGGUCGAUGUGCUGGAUGUGACGCCUGAGGGAGCAGAGCUGUGGGAGCGCGCCGAGACCAGCUACAAUGAGCGCGUGGCACGGGUCGAGAACCAGAUCAUUGCGCGACUGCGCGACCGCCUGGCGACGGCCCGCAACGCAUCGGAGAUGUUCCGCGUGUUCUCCAAGUUCAAUGCGCUGUUUGUGCGGCCCAAGAUCCGCGGAGCGAUCCAGGAGUACCAGACGCAGCUGAUCAGCUCGGUCAAGGACGACAUCCGCAAGCUGCACGAGACGUUCAAGCGGCACUACAACAAGUCGGAGGCGUUCACGCUGUCGCAGCUGCGUGAUAUCCCGCCAGUCUCGGGUGCCAUCAUCUGGAUCCGCCAGAUCGAGCGCCAGCUUGACAUGUACAUGAGCCGAGUCGAGGACGUGCUGGGCAAGGGCUGGGAGCUGUAUGCCGAGGGCCAGCGCCUGCAGGCCGACUCGGCGAGCUUCCGCCGCAAGCUGGACACGCGCCCCCUGUACGACGCGUGGUUCGCCGAAAUCAGCCGUCGCGAUCUGACCGUGUCAGGGCGUGUGUUUCUGGUGUCGCGUCACCGCGCGUCCGGCAACGCAUUCCAGCUCAACAUCAGCUUCGAUGCACAGCUGAUCACGCUGUUCAAGGAGGUGCGUGAGCUGCUGUGGCUCGGCUUCCAGGUGCCGCACACGCUGGUGAACAUGGCGCGCGACGGCAAGCGCGUGUAUCCGUUUGCGGUCAGCCUGAUGGAGACUACCAAGAUCUACCGCCAGACCAGCCACCCUGGAUACCGCCGCGACGUCAUGCUGUGUAUUCGCCGCGGCAUGGGUCUCAAGUGGCAGUAUUUUGUGACCUCGGCCGGUCUGUACUCGGCGGGCGGUGCGGGCGCGCUGGCGCAGGUUGAUGCCCAUGACAGCCGCAAUGCGUCGUUUGUACGCGAGUUUGCUGCGGUGGUCGCGCUGUACCAGGAGAAGGUUGAUGCGCUGAUAUCGCUCAACGACGAGAUCAACGCGGCUGUGCGCGAGCUGGCCACCUGCCCAUACACCGAGGACAAGAUGCGCGCAAUCCUGGACCGUAUCCAGGUGCUGAUUGACCGCCUCAACCUGGACAACUACGCCAACCUUGAACAGUGGGUUGGGGAGCUCGAUGUGCGCCUGGAGCAGGUGCUUGCCACCCGUCUGUCCAGCGCCCUGCAGGCGUGGAUCAAGGAGUUCCGCCGUGCGCCGGCUGUCGGUGACGAAGACGAUGACGACACAAUUGGUGCCGACGAUAACAAGAUCUCGCGCCGGCUGCAGCGCAGUCUGGGGGUAGAGGGCGGCGCACGCAAUGGCAGCGGGCGUGACAAGAGCGCACAGCGACAGGAGAGCGAGGCGGAGGAGGUCAUGCCGCAGCUGCGCACGCUGGUGCAUGAGCUGCGGAUCAAGAACCAGAUCAUGUACCUUGAUCCUCCCCUGGAGAAUGCGCGUGCCUCGUGGGUGCAGCAGCUGCAUGCCUGGCUCUCGGUCAUCUGCCAGCAGCGGCGCCCGCAGGCUGCGCGCUACGAGGUGGUGGCAAAUACCGACGAAGACCUCGAGUACGACAACCUGACGCUCGAGUACGACCCAGGCACUGCUGUGACAGCCACCAACAGGAUCACGACAGCCGGGCCGCAGGCACGGUCGUACAAGGACCUGCUGUCCCGGCUGCCUAACAGCAGCCUGAAUGAGGCGUACCAGUCGAUCGAGGAGCUGACGCGGCAGGCAGCUGCGUAUGUGCAGAUCUGGCUGCAGUACCAGGCACUGUGGGACCUGCAGCUGGACCAUAUGGUCAAGUUCCUGGGCGACGAUCUGACGCGCUGGCAGUCGAUGCUACUGGAGAUCAAGCGCGCGCGCUCGACCUUUGACAACUCGGAGACAGCCAAGUUCAUCGGCGCGCACUGCAUCGUCGACUAUGAGCAGGUGCAGAGCAAGGUCAACGCCAAGUACGACAACUGGCAGCGCGAGAUCCUGAACAAGUUUGGGCAGAAGCUUGGCCAGGCGAUGCGCGACACCUGCCAGGCAAUCUCGAGCGCUCGCCACGAGCUUGAGUCCCACUCGGCCGAGUCGAGCACUACCUCUGAGGUUGUCACGUUCAUCACCUUCGUGCAGGAGCUGAAGCGCAAGUGUCCUGGCUGGAAGCGCGACGUCGAGGAGGUGUUCCGUGGCGGCCAGCGGGUGCUUGAGAAGCAGCGGUACCAGUUCCCCUCUGACUGGCUGUAUCUGGACCAGGUCGAUGGCGAGUGGAGCUCGUUCAACGAGAUCCUGGCUCGCAAGAACAAUGUGAUCCAAGAGCAGCUGCCGAACCUGCAGAUGAAGAUCAUCACCGAAGACAAGGCGGUCGAUACGCGUAUCAGCACGCUGUGCGCAGACUGGGAGAAGAGCAAGCCUGUGCAGGGCUCGCUCAAGCCCGACAUUGCCACAAACACGCUGAAUGUCUUCCAUCAGCGCAUCACGCGGCUGGUUGAGGAGUACGAGCAAGUGGGUCGCGCCAAGGAGGCCCUCGACAUGGAGAUUACCCGCGACGAGCGCCUGACGCCUGUGCUUGAGGAGGUCAAUGACCUAAAGAGCGUGUGGGCUGCCUUGGCUGGCAUCUGGAAGGAGGUUGAUGAGCUGCGUGAGACGCCCUGGGCCAGCGUGGUCGUGCGCAAGGUGCGCCAGCAGCUGGACCGCCAGCUGGCCGAGUCGAAGCAGCUGCCGAACCGUAUGCGGCAGUACGCGGCGUUCGAGUACAUGCAGAAGACGCUGCGCGGGCUGCUCAAGGCCAACAUUGUCAUUGCUGACCUAAAGUCCGACGCCCUGCGCGACCGCCACUGGCGGCAGCUGUUCAAGGCGCUGCGCGUGUCGACCACAAUGUCGGAUCUGACUCUGGGCGACUCGGUGAUCCGCGAGGUGAUCACAGUUGCGCAGGGCGAGAUGGCGCUGGAGGAGUUCCUGGGCCAGAUCCGCGAGACGUGGACGGGCUAUGUGCUGGAGCUGAUCCCGUACCAGACCAAGUGCCGACUGAUCAAGGGCUGGGACGAUCUGUUUGCCAAGUGCUCGGAGCAGCUGAGCGCACUGACGGCCAUGAAGGCGUCGCCGUACUACAAGGUGUUUGAGGAGGAGGCCAGCUCGUGGGAGGACAAGCUGAACCGCAUCCACCUGCUGUUUGACGUGUGGGUUGAUGUGCAGCGCCAGUGGGUGUACCUCGAGGGGAUCUUCUCUGGCUCGGCCGACAUCAAGCACAUGCUGCCGGUCGAGUCGUCGCGGUUCCAGAACAUCAACACUGAGUUCCUGGCCGUCAUGAAGCGUGUCUACAAGAGCCCGUUCGUUCUCGACGUGCUGAACCUGCCCAACAUCCAGCGUAGCCUGGAGCGACUGGCUGACCUGCUGAGCAAAAUCCAGAAGGCGCUUGGCGACUACCUGGAGCGCGAGCGCGCGUCGUUCCCCCGUUUCUACUUUGUCGGUGACGAGGACCUGCUGGAGAUCAUCGGUAAUGCCAAGGACGUGCCGCGCAUCCAGAAGCAUCUGCGCAAGAUGUUUGCCGGCCUGGCCUUUAUCCAGCUGUCGGAGGACAACAGCGAGAUCCUGGGCAUGUCGAGCCGCGAGGGCGAGCACGUCACAUUCCGCCAGCCCAUCGUGCUGAAGCAGUUCCCCAAGAUCAACGACUGGCUUGCGGCCAUCGAGCGCGAGAUGCGCAUGACGCUGGCCGACCACCUGGGUAAGGCCAUCGAGAAGCUCGAGGCGGUUGUCAACCGCGAGGAGGCAGCAGCUCUGGACGCCGCGCAGUUCCGUGCCUGGAUCGAUGCGGUGCCAGCGCAGCUGGUGGUUGUGGCCAAGCAGGUCAUUUGGACGCGCAAGGUCGACGAGGCGCUGGCAGGCUGGCGGAGCGAACUGCAGGUUCUGGCUGACGCCGUGCUGGAGGACCUGGCGCCGAUUGUGCGCAAGAAGAGCGAGCACCUGAUCACCGAGCUUGCCAGCAGCGAGCAGGACUUUGCGUGGCUCUCGCAGAUGCGGUUCUGCUAUGCUGCGACGCCGAGCGAUCCCCUCGGCUGUCUGAUUGUGCGCAUGGCGGACGCGCAGUUCCGCUAUGGCUUCGAGUAUCUGGGCGUGCAGGACCGGCUGGUGCAGACUCCGUUGACGGACCGCUGCUAUCUGACGCUGACGCAGGCGCUGGAGCGGCGCCUGGGCGGCUCGCCGUUCGGUCCUGCGGGAACCGGAAAGACCGAGUCGGCCAAGGCUCUAGCCACGCAGCUGGGGCGGUUCGCGCUGGUGUUCUGCUGCGACGAGAACUUUGAUUUCCAGGCCAUGGGCCGCAUCUUCGUCGGUCUGUGCCAGGUCGGCGCAUGGGGCAUUUUCGACGAGUUCAACCGACUCGACGAGCGCAUUCUGUCGGCUGUGUCGCAGCAGAUCCAGGUCAUCCAGCUCGGACUGCGCAAGGCGUAUGAGUCGUCGGGUGGCAGUGGGUUGCAGCAGACGGAGAUUGAGCUGCUCGACCACAAGGUCAGACUGCAUUCGGAUACUGGAAUCUUCAUCACCAUGAACCCGGGCUACGCCGGCCGGUCUAAUCUGCCGGAUAACCUGAAGAAGCUGUUCCGCUCGUUUGCCAUGACCAAGCCGGACCGCGACCUGAUUGCGCAGGUUAUGCUGUACUCGCAGGGAUUCCGCCAGGCAGAGCUACUGGCAAGCAAGGUCGUGCCACUGUUCAACCUGUGCGCGGAGCAACUGUCGCAGCAGCCGCACUAUGAUUUCGGACUGCGUGCGCUGAAGAGCGUGCUGGUGUCGGCCGGUAAUCUGAAGCGCGACCGGCUGCAGAGCAGCAGCGAUGACGCUGCAAUGGAGGGGGCCGAGGCCGAGGAGAUGCCUGACGAGCAGGGCCUUUUGAUUCAGAGCAUUCGCGAGACCAUGGUCCCGAAGCUUGUGGCCCAGGAUAUCCCGCUUCUGUCGAGUCUGCUCGAGGACGUGUUCCCUGGAAUCGAGUACAAGCCAGCCAACAUCUCGCGGCUGAAGCAGGCGAUCCUGGAUGUCUGCAAGCAGCGCAGCCUGGUGCCGGGUGACCGCUGGAUGGACAAGGUGAUCCAGCUGUACCAGAUCCAGGCCAUCCACCACGGCCUGAUGAUGGUCGGUGCGUCGGGCAGCGGCAAGACCACGGCCUGGCAGGUCCUUUUGGCAGCAUUGGAGCGUCUGGAGGGCGUGGAGGGCGUCAGCUACGUCAUCGACCCCAAGUCGGUAACCAAGGAUGCCCUGUACGGUACACUGGAUGCCACCACGCGUGAGUGGAAGGACGGGCUGUUCACGCACCUGCUGCGCAAGAUCGUCGAUAAUGUGCGCGGCGAGAGCACCAAGCGUCACUGGAUCAUCUUUGACGGCGAUGUCGAUCCCGAGUGGGUCGAGAACCUGAACUCGGUGCUCGACGACAACAAGUUGCUGACGCUGCCCAACGGCGAGCGUCUGUCGCUGCCACCCAACGUCCGCGUCAUGUUUGAGGUUGAGACCCUGCGCUACGCGACCCUGGCGACAGUGUCGCGGUGUGGUAUGGUGUGGUUCAGCAACGACACAGUCAGCUUUGAUAUGACGACGGUGCCGCUGGACGAGAGCGAGGAGAGCGCUAACGCGCUGCUGCUGGGAGGCGGCAGUGGCAGCAAUGCUGCUGGGCGCGGCAAGGAAGGAAGCGAGGGUGAUGAGACGCAGUCACCGGCCAUGCAGGUGCAGAUAUCGGCGGCGACUGUGUACGAGCCGCACUUUGCCAGCGACGGUCUGGUUGAGCGAGCACUCCACACAUCAUGGACUUUCACCGCGUCGCGAGUGCUCAGCACGCUGUUCACUCUCCUGAACAAGGCUGUAUCGACAGUGAUCGAGUACAACUCGCAGCACCCAGACUUCCCGCUGGCGCCUGACGUCAUCGAGGCGUAUCUGGCCAAGCGCCUGGUUGUUGCGGUGGUCUGGAGCUUUACCGGCGAUGCCACGCUGGCUGCGCGCAGAGACAUGUCUGAGUUUGUGCGGGGAGCCACCACCAUCGACUUGCCGGCUCUCAGCGGCACCUGCUGGCGACGAGCCGAGUGGGUGCAGUGGACCAGCAGAGUGCCCACUAUGGACAUCGAGACGCACCGCGUCACUGACUCGAGCCUGGUCGUGCCCACCAUGGACACGCUCAGACACGAGGACGUGCUGUACGCAUGGCUGUCGGAGCACAAGCCGCUGCUGCUGUGCGGACCGCCUGGCUCCGGUAAGACGAUGACUCUGCUGUCUGCAUUGCGUAACCUGCCGGAUCUGGAGGAGCUGAUUCUGAAGACGUUUGAGCAGUACUGCGAGUACCGCAAGACGCCCAGUGGCGUGGUUUUGGCGCCGGCGGCUAUCGGGCGCUGGCUGGUGCUGUUCUGUGACGAGAUCAACCUGCCAGCACCCGACAAGUACGGCACCCAGCGUGUGAUUUCGUUCCUGCGCGAGCUGAUCGAGCGCGGCGGGUUCUGGCGGGCCUCGGAGCACCAGUGGGUGACGCUGGAGCGGGUGCAGUUUGUGGGCGCGUGCAACCCGCCAACUGACCCGGGCCGUGUCCCGCUGUCGCACCGCUUUCAUGCGCCAUGCACCUCUGGCGAGCUCUCGCUGCACCAGAUCUACGGUGUGUUUGCGCGGGCCAUGCUGAAGGUGCAGCCGCAGCUGCGUGCCUACGCCGAGCCGCUGACGCGGGCCAUGGUGGACGUGUAUUUGGCGUCGCAGAAGCGAUUCACGCCUGACCAGCAGGCGCACUAUGUGUACUCGCCGCGUGAGCUGACGCGGUGGACGCGCGGGAUCUUUGAGGCGAUUCAGCCGCUGGAGACACUCAGCGUCGAGGGGCUGGGUCUGCGGCUGUUCCAGGACCGCCUAGUGGAUGCCAGCGAGCGGCGGUGGACCGACGACAAGAUCGACGAGGUCGGGCGCCAGCACUUCCCGACCAUCGACCUGCACUCGGCGCUGCAGCGGCCGAUUCUGUUCUCGAACUGGCUGACGCGCAACUAUGUGCCGGUGGACCGUGAGGAGCUGCGCGAGUACGUCAUGGCGCGGCUGCGGGUGUUCUACGAGGAGGAGCUGGAUGUGAAGCUGGUGCUGUUCAAUGAUGUGCUGGACCAUGUCCUGCGCAUUGACCGCGUGUUCAGACAGCCCAUGGGCCAUGCCCUGCUGAUUGGAACUAGCGGGUCGGGCAAGACCACGCUGUCGCGGUUCGUCGCGUGGAUGAACGGCUUGUCGGUGUACCAGAUCAAGGCGCACAACCGGUACAAGGCAGCGGACUUUGACGAGGACCUGCGGAAUGUUCUCCGGCGCAGCGGAUGCCGUGGCGAAAAGAUCUGCUUUAUCCUUGACGAGAGCAAUGUGCUGGAUGCUGGCUUCCUGGAGCGCAUGAACACGCUGCUGGCAAAUUCGGAGGUGCCUGGGCUGUUUGAGGGCGAUGAGCAGGCAGCGCUGAUGACGGCGUGCCGCGAGGGCGCAGCCAGGGAUGGGCUGAUGCUGGACUCGAACGAGGAGCUCUACCGCUGGUUCACGCAGCAGGUCGGCCGAAACCUGCAUGUUGUGUUCACCAUGAACCCUCCGGCCGACGGGCUGGCAUCUCGUGCGGCGACCUCGCCAGCACUGUUCAAUCGCUGCGUCCUGGACUGGUUCGGCGACUGGUCUGACCAGGCGCUGUUCCAGGUCGGACGCGAGUUCACAAGCUCGGUGGACCUGGAUGUGGCCGGGUUCAUUGCGCCUGAUACGCUGCCGGUGGCCUACGCUGACCUGGAGCUGCCGGCUUCACAUCGCGACACAGUCAUCAACUCGUUUGUGGCGGUUCACAAGUCGGUGCGGGUAGCAAACAUGCGGCUGGCGAAGCGGCGCGGGCGUAUCGCGCAUGUCACACCCCGGCACUACCUCGACUUUAUCCAGCAAUUCAAGGACAUGUUCUUUGAGCGGCGCGAGGAGCUGGAGGAGCAGCAGCGGCACUUGAACGUCGGCUUGGACAAGCUGCAGGCAACGGUGGUGCAGGUGGAGGAGCUGCGCAAGUCGUUGGCGGUGAAGAAGGAGGAGCUGGCGACCAAGACGCAGCAGGCGAACGAUAAGCUGAAGCAGAUGGUGCAGCUGCAGGCGGAGCUGGAGACCAAGAAUGCGGCGAUCGAGGAGCGUCGCAAGGUUGUGAUGCAUGACCUGGAGCGGGCGGAGCCGGCGGUUGAGGAGGCACAGCGGGCAGUGUCCAACAUCAAGAAGCAGCAGCUGACGGAGGUGCGGUCGAUGGCGAACCCGCCCGGCGCGGUGAAGAUGGCUAUGGAGAGCGUGUGCACAUUGCUGGGCCACCGCCAGACCGACUGGAAGACGCUGCAGGGCAUCAUCCGUCGUGACGACUUCAUCGCAUCGAUUGUCAACUUUGACACGGACAAGCAGAUGACGCGCGAGCUGCGCAGCCGCAUGCGGCGCACAUUCCUGGAGCGGCCCGACUUUAACUUUGAGAUCGUGAACCGUGCAUCCAAGGCGUGCGGACCGCUGGUCAAGUGGGUGAUUGCGCAGGUGGAGUUUGCCGAGAUCCUGGACCGCGUCGGGCCGCUGCGCAACGAGGUCAAGAAGCUGGAGCGCGAUGCGGACGAGACCAAGGUGCGGGCCACCACGCUGUCGCAGAUGAUCGGCGAGCUGGAGGCGUCUAUUGCACGCUACAAGGACGAGUAUGCGCUGCUGAUUGCCGAGACCGAGCGGCUCAAGGGCGAGAUGACGCGUGUCGAGUCAAAGGUGGAGCGCUCGUUGAAGCUGCUGGCGUCGCUGUCGAGCGAGCGCGAGCGCUGGGAGAACGGCUCGCAGACGUUCGAGUCGCAGAUGGGCACGAAUGGCAUCAGUGUGCGCGCCGACCUGCGGCUGGCCGAAUACAUGUCGACUCCCGAGCAGCGUCUGCAGUGGCAGGCAUGCGGGCUGCCUGAUGAUUCGCUGGUGAUGGAGAACGCGGCUAUGCUGGAGCACUACAACCGGUAUCCCGCUGGUUAUCGACCCUUCCUGCAGCAGCAGACAGAGCGGGCCGGGCGCACGCUGACGGACGUUGAGCAUCUGGACCCGAUCCUGAACCCGGUGCUGAACCGCGAGCUGCGGCGAACUGGCGGACGUACCCUGAUCCGCCUCGGCAGCCAGGACAUCGACUUCUCGCCCAUGUUCAAGCUGUAUUUGUCGACGCGCGACUCAUCGGCGGCGUUUGCGCCCGAUCUGUCGUCCCGCGUCACAUUCGUGAACUUUACGACGCAGUGCCUGAGCCAGGUUAUGCGUCACGAGCGGCCGGACUUCCGGCUGCGGCUGCACUCGCUGGAGAAGGAGCUGCUGCGGGCGCUCAAUGCCUCGCAGGGCAACAUCCUCGACGACGACAACGUCGUGGCCACACUCGAGUCGCUCAAGACCGAGGCAGCGGAGAUUGCGCGCAAGGUCGAGGAGACCGACGGCGUGAUGCGCGAGGUGGACCGUGUCACUGCUACAUUCACGCCCCUGGCGCGGUCGUGCUCGGCCGUGUACUUUGCGCUGGACCGCCUGCCUGCGCUGCACCCGUUCUACCAGUUCUCGCUGGACUUCUUCAAUGCCAUCUUCAAGCAAGUGGUUGAGCAGAACCCGAACCUGCGCAGCGUCACCGACGAGCGUGAGCGGCUGCGUAUUCUGCGCCGCGACUUGUUCCAGCUGGCGUUCUGCAGGGCGGCUGUAUCGCUGCACCACGACUCGCAGCUCAUCAAGCUGCGUGGCGACGAAGAGGAGGAGGAUGUGGCAGUGCAGGACGGCGCCGGCACUAGAGCUGAGGGCACCCAGGAGGCAUGGGCCCGGCUCAACGCCGACCUGGACUUUGUCAUGCGCGAGUCGACCAUCCUGGUCCCUGCCAGCGGCCACCAGCGCGACCAGGCGCCGGUUGCUGUGCCGCCCGAGAUUGAGGCUCUGAUUGACGAUGACGUGCGCUCGUCCCUGGCUGCGCACUCGCAGGCGCUCGGCUGGUGCCGCUCGUGGAUUAAGGCCAUGGGCAAUGGCGAGGACACUGCUGAGUGGGUGGAGUUUUUGCAGAGCGAGGAACCCGAGAAGCGUGUGCCGCGCAGUGCAGUGCUGGCCGACGGCGAGCUUCUGCAGGACAUGAAGGAGGCAAUUGCGCUGCGCGAGCUUAUUGUUGUGCGCCUGCUGCGCUCGGACCGCGUUCUCCCCGCAGCCACGCGUCUUGAGGCGGUCGGCAUGGUGGCCGAGGCGAAUCUACGCGAGAUCACGAGCACCGAAGUUGACCCAACCACGCCGAUUGCGCUGUGCUCGGUGCCUGGCCACGAUGCGGCGUAUCGUGUCGAUGCGCUGGCCGAGGAGAUGCGGCGCAGCGUGCUAUCGGCCAUCGCCAACGCGUCCAAGUCUGGAUCAUGGGUGCUGCUGAAGAAUGUGCACCUGGCGCCCACCUGGCUGGGCCAGCUCGAGAAGCGGCUGCAGUCUCUGCGCGCGCAUGCCCAGUUCCGGCUGUUCCUGACCAUGGAGAUCAACCCGGCGGUGCCGGUCAGCCUAUUGCGGCGGGCACGCACUCUUGUGUUUGAGCCGGCGCCCGGCAUCCGCGCCAACCUUCUGGAGAGCCUCAACUCGAUUCCAGCUGCCAGCGGCAAGGCAGCCCAGCCGGCGGAACGCGCGCGGCUGCGCUUCCUGCUGGCGUGGCUGCAUUCAGUAGUGAUCGAGCGGCUGCGGUAUGCUCCGCUGGGCUGGACCACGCGGUACGAGUUCAGCGAUGCCGACUUUGCGUGUGCUCUCACCACCGUCGACUGCUGGAUUGACCGCGCUGCGCAGGGCCGCAGCAACAUCGACCCGGCCCGCAUUCCCUGGGAUGCCAUCCGAACGCUGCUGUCCGAGAGCGUGUAUGGCGGACGUAUCGACAACGAAUUUGACCACCACCGCUGGUUCUGCGCCGACGCCUACGGUGUGGACUUUAGCCUGGUUGACGAGGGCAGCAAUGGGAGCGGCCUGCUGGCGCCCGAGGGCACUCUGUUUGAGGACUUUGUCAAGUGGUGCCAGGCGCUGCCAGAGCACGAGCCGCCGACAUGGCUUGGGCUGCCAGCAAAUGCCGAGACGCUGCUGCUGGUGCAGAAGGGCCAGCGGUUGGUCAACGACGCACAGGCAGUGGCCGAGGCUGGUGGCAGCAAGGACGCAGCGGUGGUAUCUGGUGACCAGGCCGAGCUGCCAGCGUACAUGCGGCAGGUGGAGAGCCUGGCGGCGAGCUUCCUGGCAGCGCUUCCCGAGCAGCUGGCUGAGCUCUCGCACGCCGACGCCGAGCAGGCCGCGCGGGUGCCGCUGUUCCGUGUCAUUGAGCGCGAGCACUCGGUGGCCAGGAAGCUGCUGGUGCAGGUGCGCCAGGAUCUAGUGCAUCUGCGCGAAACCUGCCGCGGUGAGCGCAAGCAGACCAACCAUCUGCGCGACCUGCUGCGCGACUUCAAUGCUGGCAGCGUGCCGCUGCCCUGGCUGUCCACAUACACGGUGCCGCGCGACUUCUCGCUGGCCAAAUGGGUUGCGGACUUUGGCGCCCGCCUCGACCAGGUCUCGCAGCUGGUCAGCCGCAUCAGCCAGGACUCGGGCGAUGUUGUUGAGGUCGUGCAGCGCGAGCCCGUGUGGCUCGGCGGUCUGCUGUACCCUGAGGCCUUCAUUACCGCGACGCGUCAGGCAGUAGCCAAGAAGCUACAGUGCUCGCUGGAGGAGCUCGGCAUUGGUCUGGCUAUUGGCGAGAGCGCCAUGGACGGCUGCGGGUUCGGCAUCAGCGGCCUGCGGCUUGAGGGUGCUGAGUGGCAUCAGGGCUCGGUUGCGCUGAACGAUGGCUCCAAUGAGCGCCUGGCUACAUGCUUCCUGACCUGGACCCGCUGCAGUAAGGAUGCUGCUGCUAUCGAGGGCGUCGAUAUCCCUGUGUACCUGAACCUGGACCGCAGCGACCUGCUGUUCCAGGUGCGCUUGCCGAUCGAUGCCCAGGGCGGCACUAUGCCUGGCGCUGUUAUCCAGCGCGCUGUGGCGAUUGUGGCCGCCUGA